UUAGCACCACGCGCAGCGUGUGGAGGAGAGAGAAACCGGUCGGGAAGGCAACGUCACUCCUCGGACCACCGACUCGACGUAGCGCAGCGGACAGAUAGCGGAGCGGAGCGGCGUUGUCCGAGGCAGGUACCGUACUGGAUCAAUUUAUAUUGAUAUAAACUCAACGUCUGACGAGCUGACAGCUGGUUUCCAGGAGAACGGGGGAAAGUAGGUCGUAUUAGAUAAGAACAGGGUGGACUCUAGGGCCUGGCAGACUGUAGGCCUGUUAUUCUCCGCGCUCUGUACUGACAGAGACAGCCCGGGAAGGGUCUUUCCUUCACGGUCAGCCCAGCUGCCAGUACUGGUCAGGUGCCUUAACGGACACCGCGCCACUAGGUUGGAGAGGUGCUGAAGCGAUUACAGCAGAAAGAUGGCGGACGACCCCAGCGCGGCGGACAGGAACGUGGAGAUAUGGAAAAUCAAGAAGCUGAUCAAAAGUUUGGAAGCUGCCCGUGGUAAUGGCACCAGUAUGAUCUCACUGAUCAUCCCACCCAAGGACCAGAUAUCUAGAGUGGCCAAGAUGUUGGCUGAUGAGUUUGGUACUGCUUCCAACAUUAAGAGCCGAGUCAACAGGCUCUCUGUACUCGGGGCCAUCACCUCUGUACAGCAAAGACUAAAACUCUACAACAAGGUGCCACCCAAUGGUUUGGUCGUCUACUGUGGCACCAUUGUGACAGAGGAAGGCAAGGAGAAAAAAGUCAACAUCGACUUUGAGCCUUUUAAGCCAAUCAACACCUCCCUGUAUCUCUGCGACAACAAGUUCCACACCGAGGCAUUGACAGCCCUGCUCUCUGACGACAGUAAGUUUGGCUUUAUUGUAAUCGACGGAAGUGGGGCACUGUUUGGCACACUGCAGGGCAACACCAGGGAGGUGCUGCACAAGUUCACCGUGGACCUACCCAAGAAGCACGGCAGAGGAGGGCAGUCUGCUCUGCGUUUUGCUCGUCUGAGAAUGGAGAAGAGACACAACUAUGUGAGAAAGGUGGCUGAGACGGCUGUCCAGCUCUUUGUGUCAAACGACAAAGUUAAUGUGGCAGGAAUGGUCUUGGCCGGUUCUGCUGACUUCAAGACUGAGCUCAGCCAGUCGGACAUGUUCGACCCAAGGUUACAGGCCAAGGUUUUGAAGCUGGUGGACAUCUCCUAUGGAGGAGAGAAUGGUUUCAACCAGGCCAUUGAGCUCUCAGCAGAGGUUCUCUCUAAUGUCAAGUUCAUCCAGGAGAAGAAGCUCAUAGGGCGGUACUUUGAUGAGAUCAGCCAGGACACGGGGAAGUACUGUUUUGGUGUGGAAGACACACUCAAAGCCCUGGAGAUGGGAGCCGUGGAGAUCCUCAUAGUCUACGAGAACUUAGAUACUAUGCGUUACAUUCUGCGUGUACAUGGGGCAGAGAGCAACGGAGCAGAGAACGAUGAGAAGACUUUGUACUUGACGCCAGAGCAGGAGAAAGACAAGUCUCACUUCACAGACAAAGAGACGGGACAGGAACAUGAGCUGAUCGAGAGCAUGCCACUGCUGGAGUGGUUUGCUAACAACUACAAGAAAUUUGGAGCCACGCUGGAGAUAGUCACAGACAAGAGCCAGGAAGGGUCCCAGUUCGUCAAGGGCUUCGGAGGCAUCGGGGGUAUCUUGCGGUACAGGGUGGAUUUCCAGGGCAUGGAGUACCAAGGAGAGGACGAUGAGUUCUUUGAUUUGGAUGACUACUAGGUAGUCGGGGACUGAUAUUGGGAGAAAAAAAGCAAAGCAAAGGAAUGAAUGAAGAAAUGAGGAAAGAAAAAUGCCACCUCUCUUGCAGCAAGUGAGAGGUGCGACCGUGUUGACCAUAUAUAUGACAGACACACCUUCCAAUUUACCUGUUGCAUACACAAACUUGCGCAUACAUUUCAUUUGUACACGACAAAAAUGCAUCACACAGGCUGAAGAGGAGUGAGAUUUUCUUUCAUCCAGAGAGGGAGAAAGCCCUUCCUGAAUAAAUCCCUGCCUUAGAGUGCUGGUUCCUUCCCCUAGUUGGAUUGGACUCGACUCAUUUUGUUUUUUUUUCCUCCUCCCCUCCAUUUUGAAUGAACACAACAGCAAGUUCCCAGAUUCCUCGCUGUCCCCAACCCGGUCCGAAGAAGAACUUUGGACUCACUCCUCACAUAUAGAAAAUAUAUUUUCCUUUCUUGCCUCAACAUGUCCCUACCCUCUCUCUCUCUCUCUCUCUCUCUCUCUCUCUUCUCCCCUCUAUGCUUUCUCUCUUUUUUUUUCUUUUUUUUUUGCAUUUCAUUUUUUUACUGGUAACUGCUGCUGUUGUAUUUUAUGAGAGUGGGGGAUUUUUUUUACCUGGGUUUCUGUAGAGAAAGGGGGACAAAGUAUUAAAUUUGAACUGCUGAAAACCAUU